GCGCGUAAUCGGAUAGCUCUGCCGCGGCUCUGACAUCCACAUGCUGCUCGGCCUGAAAAGGCUGGGGGGAGCCGGAGGGGAAGCAGAGAAGGCGAGCGAGGCACCAGCCCGCAGCCCGCCCCCGGCACAUCCUCAGACGCGCAGACCGCGGCGAGGCGCUGGGCGAGGUGGAGGUGAGGGCGCGAGCGAGCGAACUCGGAGAGGGGCUCGCUCACUCCCAGGCGAUCCCAGCCGCCGCCGCCCCGCCAGCAGCAGCAGCAGCAGCAGCAGCAGCCGCCGCCGCCGCAGCAGCAGCAGCUUCUUUCCUCGGACUCCCCUCGUCUGGCUGGCCGAGCGGGUGUAGUCGUUGGGGAGGCUCCCGCUAGGGGAACCCGGCGAGGGCAAGAGCGGGGCGGCCGCCUCUCCCACUCGGGCCGUCCGGCGGUCGGUGCCUCCGCCCGCGUGUCGGUCCCGGGUGCCUGGAGAUGUGUGUCAGUUUAUGCCUCUGAGAUCACACAGCUGCCCGGGGGCCGUGUGAUGCCCAAAGCAAGUCUGGGCUUUUAUUUUUAUUAUAAUUUUUUUUUUUACGCUUGGCUUUCGGGAAAUAUUCGUGAUGUUGUAGGAUAAAGGAAAUGAUACUUUGAGGAACUGGAGAGGACAUAGAUGCGUUUUGUUUUUAAGAGAGGAAACCCGUCCCCCCUUCCUGGCUUGCUCCCGCUUUGCUGAUUUCAAGAGCCACCCUCCUCUUAGGUGAGAAUCCAGCAAGAAUAAAGGUGAAGACGGGCCGUCAGGACCCAGGAGGGAAACCCUGACCAUUAGAAACCUUUGCAGAAGACACUGUAAGGAAGAACGUAAGAGAGAGAAAAACACAAAGACUUAAAAUUAUACAAGACAUCUACAAAUCCAGCUCUGGAGAGAGCCUCCUUCUCCAAAAUGGAUAUGUUUCCUCUCACCUGGGUUUUCUUGGCUCUCUACUUUUCAGGACACGAAGUGAGAGGCCAACCAGACUCAGCCUGUGGAGGUCGUUUGAAUUCCAAAGAUGCUGGCUAUAUCACCUCCCCAGGUUACCCCCAGGAUUACCCCUCCCACCAGAACUGCGAGUGGAUUGUUUACGCCCCUGAACCUAACCAGAAGAUCGUCCUCAACUUCAACCCUCACUUCGAAAUUGAGAAGCACGAUUGCAAGUAUGACUUCAUUGAGAUUCGGGAUGGGGACAGUGAAUCUGCAGACCUCUUGGGAAAGCACUGUGGGAACAUCGCCCCACCCACCAUCAUUUCCUCGGGCUCCGUGCUCUACAUCAAGUUCACCUCCGACUACGCCAGGCAGGGGGCAGGCUUCUCCCUGCGUUAUGAGAUCUUCAAGACAGGCUCCGAAGACUGUUCAAAAAACUUCACAAGCCCCAACGGGACCAUUGAAUCCCCUGGAUUUCCCGAGAAGUACCCACACAACUUGGACUGUACCUUUACCAUCCUGGCCAAACCCAAGAUGGAGAUCAUCCUGCAGUUUCUGACCUUUGACCUGGAGCAUGACCCUUUGCAGGUGGGCGAAGGAGACUGCAAAUACGAUUGGCUGGACAUCUGGGACGGCAUUCCUCAUGUCGGCCCCCUGAUUGGCAAGUACUGUGGGACCAAAACACCCUCUGAACUCCGUUCGUCGACUGGGAUCCUCUCUCUGACCUUUCACACAGACAUGGCGGUGGCCAAGGAUGGCUUCUCUGCACGCUACUACCUGGUCCAUCAAGAGCCACCAGACAACUUCCAGUGCAAUGUCCCUCUGGGAAUGGAAUCUGGCCGGAUUGCCAAUGAACAGAUCAGUGCCUCAUCUACCUACUCUGAUGGAAGGUGGACACCCCAGCAAAGCCGCCUCCAUGGUGACGACAAUGGCUGGACACCCAACUUGGAUUCCAGCAAGGAAUAUCUCCAGGUGGAUUUGCACUUUCUAACCAUGCUUACAGCCAUUGCCACGCAAGGAGCGAUUUCCAGGGAAACCCAGAAUGGCUACUACGUCAAAUCGUACAAGCUGGAAGUCAGCACGAACGGUGAAGACUGGAUGGUGUACCGGCAUGGCAAAAACCACAAGGUAUUCCAAGCCAACAACGAUGCCACGGAGGUGGUUCUGAACAAGCUGCACACGCCGCUCCUGACCAGGUUCGUCAGGGUCCGGCCCCAGACCUGGCACUCCGGCAUUGCCCUGCGGCUGGAGCUCUUCGGCUGCCGGGUCACAGAUGCCCCCUGCUCCAACAUGCUGGGGAUGCUCUCGGGCCUCAUCCCUGAUUCUCAGAUCUCAGCCUCCUCCACCCGCGAGUACCUCUGGAGCCCCAGCGCCGCCCGCCUCGUCAGCAGCCGCUCGGGUUGGUUCCCCCGGGUCCCUCAGGCCCAGCCGGGCGAGGAGUGGCUGCAGGUGGACCUGGGAGUGCCCAAGACGGUGAAGGGCAUCAUCAUCCAGGGGGCUCGUGGAGGAGACAGCAUCACUGCCGUGGAAGCCAGGGCGUUUGUGCGCAAGUUCAAAGUCUCCUACAGCCUAAACGGCAGAGACUGGGAACACAUCCAGGACCCCAGGACCCAGCAGCCGAAGCUGUUUGAAGGGAACAUGCACUACGACACCCCGGACAUCCGAAGAUUCGACCCCGUUCCUGCACAGUACGUGCGGGUGUACCCUGAGCGGUGGUCUCCAGCAGGGAUUGGGAUGCGGCUGGAAGUGCUGGGCUGCGACUGGACAGACUCAAAGCCCACAGUAGAGACACUGGGACCCACUGUGAAGAGUGAAGAGACCACCACUCCAUAUCCCAUCGAUGAAGAGGCCACGGAGUGUGGGGAGAACUGCAGCUUCGAGGACGACAAAGAUCUGCAGCUCCCUUCAGGAUUCAAUUGCAACUUUGAUUUCCCCGAGGAGCCCUGCGGUUGGAUGUACGACCAUGCCAAGUGGCUCAGGAGUACCUGGGCCAGCAGCUCCAGCCCACACGACCGGACGUUUCCAGAUGACAGGAAUUUCUUGCGGCUGCAGAGCGAUGGCCGGAGAGAGGGCCAGUACGCUCGGCUCAUCAGCCCUCCGGUGCACCUGCCCCGGAGCCCCGUGUGCAUGGAGUUCCAGUACCAAGCCACGGGCGGCCGCGGGGUGGCGCUGCAGGUGGUGCGCGAAGCCAGCCAGGAGAGCAAGCUCCUCUGGGUUAUCCGCGAGGACCAGGGCAACGAGUGGAAACACGGGCGCAUCAUCUUGCCCAGCUACGACAUGGAGUAUCAGAUUGUGUUUGAAGGAGUCAUAGGAAAAGGACGUUCAGGAGAAAUUGCCAUUGAUGACAUUCGGAUAAGCACUGAUGUCCCACUGGAGAACUGUAUGGAACCCAUAUCGGCUUUUGCAGGGGGCACCCUCCUACCAGGGACCGAGCCCACAGUGGACACGGUGCCCGUGCAGCCCAUCCCAGCCUACUGGUAUUACGUAAUGGCCGCCGGGGGCGCCGUGCUGGUGCUCGUCUCCGUCGCGCUGGCCCUGGUGCUCCACUACCACCGGUUCCGCUAUGCGGCCAAGAAGACCGAUCACUCCAUCACCUACAAAACCUCCCACUACACCAACGGGGCCCCUCUGGCGGUGGAGCCCACCCUAACCAUUAAACUAGAGCAAGACCGCGGCUCGCACUGCUGAGGGCCGAAGCCAAGGACGGCACCCAAAACAAACGAGAAAGACUACCAACACGUUGCCUCGAUUUUGCACUUUUUUCUCCUCGCCUAGUCUCUGUGUGGACUCUCAAGACAUCUCUGUCUGUCUCUCCUCUCUCUCUCUCUCUCUCUCUCCCCCCCCCCCCCCGGGGGCCCAAACCCUGUGUGCUUUUAUUCAUCCUGACCAUUGUCCUUGGGUUCUCUCUCUUUUGGUUUGUUUUUAUCCUUUGUUGAUUCCAAACCAACCACCCCCACCUCUAAUGCUGCAUCUUGGAAUAUGAGAAGAGAUACGCCCCUCAGCACUUCACAACUGAAGGCUCAGCUGGUUUUCUUUCAGAGACUGGUUCCCUGUUUCUUCCCCUUGCCUUAUCCCAUACCUCCUUCCGGUGGGCAGUCUGCCAGGAGACCAGAGAGGAAACCUGGAUCUGUGUGUUUGUACAUAGUAUAUACAUGUGCGUGUGAAUCGCUCUGUGUCGGUGUGUGUGUGUGUGUGUGUGUGUACGUGAGAGAGAGACUGGUUCAUUGUGGGGGUGGGUGGUAGUGUGUGUGGAUGUGUUGAGAGAGGACCCCCUUUAACCCUUGUGUUACUUCUCCGGGGGUACAUUCUCCAAAAAAAAUAAUAUGCUGUACUAGUUUUGUUUACUUGGAGAAGAGAUUGAAGCUUUUUGUUGCCUUAUCUAGCUCUGGCUGGGUUUCUGUUGGCUACCACUGUCAUCUCCAGGUACCCAAAAAAACUCGAGGCCGCAUGAAAUGAAAUGUGGCCCCUCCCAUCCCUAUCCCAUUCCCGAUCCACCUGACCCAAGAGGAAAGUUCCCCCAGCGCACUCAGACAUGACCCCUUGUCAUGUCUCCUGGAGUCUUGGAAGUAGCAAGAUGGCAGCCAUUGGGUGCGUGCAGAAUCAUCUCUACUUCUGGCCCUGAAGCAAAUCUGUCUCUUGUUGCCUUAUGAAAGGGAAGCUGGUAAUGAAUGUGUAGCUUUUAUCAGUUAAGUCCAAUCUUGGAAUACGUCAUAAAGAAUAACAAGUCUGAGACUGGCUUAGGAAAAGCAGUAGCCUGUUUAAGGUGGGAGCGAGAGGUGGAGGAGAGAAGGGAGGAGCAGAGAGGACUGAAUGUGGUCUUUUCAAAGUCUCCUCACUUGGGGGGUUUACUGUGCCCGACUUGGGAUGGAGUUGAGUAAGAAGCUUAAAAAUUGUAAUCUUUGGUAUUCUAUUGGUCAUUGUAAUAGCAUUUGUAAAAUAUGGGGGGAAAGGGAUCGUUUCCUUUCGUGGUGUUAAUGUGUGCCUGAAUCUAUAGCCACUAAAACAUAAGACUGUUCACCUGACUUAUUUAAAUAUUCUGAGACUAUUCAGAAGUAACCAUUUUUUUUAAAUGUCAACUGCCAACCCUUAAAAUGCUACCCCUUAAAGCAUUCAUAGCAUCUGGCAAAUACACCUUCUUAGGCUGGCCUGGCAUUUCCAGAUGUUGCUGCAUCAGGAGAGGGUAUAAUGAAGAUAAAUCUGUUGCUGCCCGUGUGUCCUCUCUAAGCAACGCAGGGAGAGGGAUGUUAGAGAUAAAUUGCCUAAUGAUAUUGUACAAAGGAUAGAUUCAAUAAUGAAGUCAAUUUCAUUGAUAGAAAAUGCGUAUUUUAACGAGACGCUCAGUGACUUGGGGCUCAGCCUUGGGGGUGUUGAUUUCUCCACUUCCUGCUAGGAAUCCACCAGGGAAGUGUGAGAUUCUCUCCAAAGAUGGUUGCCUGGGCUGAAAGCCUCCAGGUACCUUCUGAGAACAAAAUAUUAAUUUUUUUUUUUUUUUUGGCUGCUUGGGAGAGAGAGACUUUUAGCAUUCUUUCAGAAUAUAUUCGCAGGUCCCUCCAACACACGCUCACUUUCGCAUCUGGUUUGUUUCAUCCUUCUGAAAGAAAGGUGCUCUCCCACUCUUAUUCUAUUUCAAAGAGCUACUCUGGCUCAACCACAGAAGCUCUGCCAAGAAAAGAAAAGAUGAAAGGCUAGAGCAUGAGCUACCUUGAGAUUUCAAGUGUCCUACCCCAGCUGAAGAUGGAAAACAAAGCUGCGAGAGGGAGGAGGGGCACAAGCCCAACAUACCGUGUGAUGAAUUCCAUGCCAGUCACUACGGGCUUUUUAUCUCAGGUGUCCACAUCCAGCUGUGCAUUUGGGGCCAGGCAUUCCCUCGAAAUGAUUGACAUCCCCGUAGGCACCCCGUGGAGGUAUGGUGUCGGGAAAUUACACCUGGAAAAUCCAGCCAGUGUAUCAACUGUCUGAGUUACUUACUAUCUACCCUUGAGGAUUUCCCUUCUUUACAAGAAGAUGACAACAACUUUGUGCAUUUGCUGUGUCUUUAUCUGGUGCCCCAUGUGGCAUCAUCUUUAUGUACAUGCCAUAGUUGAGAAUAUGAGACUGCUCAAAUCUUUGUGAAUCCCAUGAUGAACUUCAGCUGGGGAUGUCACACUUUCUCCUUCUCUCUCUCUCUCUCUCUCUCCCCCUCUGGCCCAGCAACUUUCAUAGUAUUAUCUAGGUACUAUGCUAAAAGGGCAGCUGUUCUAUAAAAUCAUGCUUUGCAGCUUUAGAAAGCAAAAUUCUGUAUUUCGUGGAGGGAGGGAAGGAUCACUCUCUUCUAAGAAAAAUAGACUGGACAGGUGAAUGCAUGCAUGCAUGUGUUUAGAGUUGCUUCUCAGAAGACAAAAAGGUGAUAGCAACUACUAAAAUAUAAAUGAAUGAAUGAAUGAAUGAAGAAUUGAAGGUCUAGCUCGGGCUGGUAAAGUUUUUGCCUUAGUAGAGGUUUCAUAUUAACAGCUCCAGGAGGGCAACCCUUAUCUCUGGGGUUUAAAAAAAAAAAAAAUCCCUUCCUUGAUAUUAUUCUAACAAUUGCUCUCCCCUAAUUGCUGGUGAAGGCAGAAAAAAGAAAAAAAAAUUAUAGCAUUGCCAUUGACAAAACAGGACCCUGAAAAUAAAGUGAAAUUGUCUUUUCCCUCACCCCACAGUUUUGGGAUUAAAGCCAGAAUAGGAUAGGAAAUCCAGUAAUAUUUCUGACGUUGAUGCCCCACUUUAAAAAGAUCUUGUCUUUAAACUAAAAAUAGCAGGCAAGCAAACACCUAAAAUAAUCGAUAAUUACCAAAGAAAAACAACAAAACAAGAAAACUUAAAGAUUUUUACUUCCUAUUCUUAUCCCUCUUCCUAUAACUGUGACAUCUCUUGCAUUGCUCAGUUGCCUGUGUGUCUAAAUAACUUGUGGACAUUGGAAACUAUUUGAAAAUGUAUUGUGUGGAAUGUAAUAAAAUGAUGAUAUUUUUAUACAAACAUCUGGGGUUUUUUUUCCUGUUUGCCUAUGAGAACAAAGUUGAAAUGUAGGCUUUGAACAAAUUGAUGUUUCCAAAGUUUGACCACUGCCUUCUGAGCUACAGGGCAUUGCUGUGGGAGGUAGGUGGGUUUUCUCCUUGAGGCUGGAUGCCAGUUUUUUCUUCUUUUAUUUUUAUUACUGCUUGUUAGGAGUUUUAUCCAAUUUGUGCAGCUGAGCCAACUUUUAUGAUUGGUGUGGGAUUUUGCAAAAGUUGCUAAGUGCUAAAUUGCUCAGUGUGAUUCCACAAAAUUUCUCUUGAUGGCAAAUCCCUGGAGAUUGGACUCUGCCUUUCAUGGGGCCCCAGGGGGAAUGGGACCAGUGGAGUUGAAUCAUGUACUUGGCUCUACAGAGACAGAUAGCUUCCUUUGGAGAAGAAGCGGCGACAUGAUGCCCCUCGCCUACCAAAUCAUUUCUUCCAUGGGGACAUUGAUCUCUUUAUGAGCACUUUCCCAGACAAAAUGGGAACUUAUGGCGUGUUCAAGGCUCCAAAAUAUUCCAGACUUCAUUUUGGAGCAAGUAAUGAAGAUAAUUCUACGAUGACUAUGUACCUGGAACUGUCCAGCUAGAGAAAUUUAUAAAAGGAAUAUUCCAUAAAAACUUCGAGAGAGGCUUGGGGAAACUUACCCUAAAAGCCAGACCUUGUGGACACAUAUUUUUCUUUGGUUCUCCCGUUUGGGUCAUUAGUGAUUAGUUAUAUCAAAUACAUAAAAUAUUUCUAUCAGUGGGGGAUUGGCAGGGAAACGUGGGCAGUAUAACGUGGCAGUGAAAUGGUGGUCAAGAAGAAGUUGGGGAAGGAUUUUCCACCACCCCCUAUUCCUGGGGUGUAUUAAGAGCAUUCCAUCAGCCCAGGAGACUUCCUCAGGGGUCCAAGAACCAUCCUUAAAGGUUCUAAGAAAAGGGACUGUCCAGAGAGACUAUUUCCACCAGAGUCCUACUUUUCCCCUCUAAACCCAGAUCCAGGAAGGAAUACUUUUUACAUCCGUAAAACCUGUCUAAGGGGUGCUAAAAGGAAAUAGGAUUUUGGUUUUCAGAUCCUACAGGAAACUCUGUUAGUACAGAUGGCUCAGUAUAGAUGUCACUGCCUGUCCUAUGCCAGAGAAUAGAGUAGAAUGUCCAUGAUGAGAGCAUUGUGCCUCUAAUGACAAGUAUAAUUACCCAUUUUGUGUAAAUGAUCUUUGGCUUUCCUUAAAGCCAUUUGUUCCCAUUAGUAAAGGAUAAAAUGAAAGCCUCUCAAAAGUAUUUAUUUCAGGCAAAUACCCAGGCUCAGUCAACACUUCCCUGAGCUGGCCUGGGGCCAAAUUUGCCAGACUAAAUUAAACCAGCCAUCACUUAUGCUUCAUUAGCGUUCCUGUUUUUAGAGCCAUGGUUGAGAAUUUCAUCGUUGCUCUUCCUGCUUUGGUUCUAGUCCCAGGGCUAAUUCUAGAAGCAUUCUCUCUUCCCCAAAAGGGCAACGACUGUUAGGACUCUAAUCUUAGGCAUCAAGUGCAGCACUGUUAUCAGUGUGGUAUUUCAGAACGAGCCCAAGCAUAAAUGUUACAGACAUUGUGUUUCCAUGGAUCAUAAAUACCAGAUGUCAAGGCCCCGUGUGUCUUCCUUGGCUCCCACCUGGCCCUUUAUGAUGGUUUAAAUGUGUGUUCUUGCUGUUGAAGCAAGACACCACCCUCCCAGCCCAGAUAACCCAAGCCCAGCCGAUCUGCUGCGGCACGGCGUCUGCGUCCAUCACCCCUCUUCACUGACUUUGCAGUUGUUUUGCACAAACAUUGUGGCCUUUCUGUAAUCUUUGGUGAAAAGAGCUUCAUUUUUAAGUUGUGGUUUGUCCAUGUUGUGGGCUACACAUCUGAGCCAAGGUGUAGGUGCGGCUUGCUUUCGCUCUUUAAUUGUGCACAUCACUAGGGCUCUGCCAGCUGUCCUUUGCCUUUCGUCUCCUUCGGUGAUGGCCCAAAGAAAACACAAAACCAAUCCAACCGGAGAAAAAGGAGGGGAGAGAGGAACACCAGCUGAUGGUCUUAGAGUCAGCAAAGAAUCGCCUUAUGUAAAUAAAUUAAAAUCUAAGAAUAGUGUGCGACUUAAUUAAGCCUGACAUAGAUCAGGUGCACUGGAGUAUGUCUAGAGGUUAGAUAUAAUCAGGAACCUACACCCUCAAAAGGCGUCAGGCCACAUGCCUCAGCCAGAAUACACUUGCAGUAACCGUGUGGAGGAGUCCGUUUGGCCCCAGACCUAAGCGCAGUAGAGACACAAGAUGUGAAGAAUGGCCAAGGAACAAAACCCCUUUUAGCAUAGUGUGGCUCAAUGGAGAAUCUAGGUGCUUGCGGGCAGCCAGCAGAAACCAUUCCUCCUUCCCCCUACAGCCCAGUGGGCAGAAGACCCAGAAUCAUUCUACUCUAAUUGUCCUUAGGCUUUGCCGUCACCGACCUCCAAGAGCCCAAAAAGACUAAAUGCCCACAGGCACUGCACCAAGAAAUAGGAAAGGCUGUUUGAAAAAUCAGCAACUGACAUUCUAGCAUCACCCUGGGGGCGGAAGGGGGCAAACGUCUUGUUCUGGAGGCUUAGGACCAGAGUGGUCAGUGAUCCUGAAAGAGGUUGUUGGGGGAAAUUUUAGGAUAAUAACUGGCUGGAUGUUUCUCUCGCUUUUUUUUUUUUUUUUUAACUUACAAGUUACACACAACGACAUCCUGGAAAUGUGUACGUAAUACAGAAGAAGCAGAAGUCCAUUUCAUUGCUAACCAGUCCCA